CAAAAAAAAUUUGGAGUCCUAACCCAAACGACGCCGUUUUAUUAAUCCCAGCCCCCCUCCCCUUUGCCUUUGCCCCUGCCCCUUUUGCCUUCGCCUCUUCUCGGAUUCUUUCUCCAUGCCUCUCAACCCUCCCCUUUGCCGCCCCUCCCCUUUGCCUUUGCCCCUGCCCCUUUUGCCUUUGCCUCUUCUCCGAUUUGUUCUCCAUCGCCUCUCAACCCCUCCCCUUUGCCUUUGCCUUUGCCUCUUCUCCGAUUCCUUCUCCAUCGCCUCCUUCUCCAUCGCCUCCUUCUCCAUCGCCUCCAUCGCCUCUCAGCCCCUCCCCUCUGCCUCUUUUGCCUUUGCCUCUUCUCCGAUUCCUUCUCCAUCCCCUCUCAUCUCCAUCCACUCCUUCGAAUCCUCCGAUUCCACUGCAAUUCAUCAUCUCCAUCGAAGCGAAGGGACCGAGGACGAUGCAAUCGCGCCAUUGACAGUAGCAAAAAGGGAAUUGAAGGCAAACGACCUUUUGAAAUUAUUUUUGUUCUCCGGCAGCAACAGGGUGACUGGAGUAUUAAUGGUGUUGUCACACUGCUUCCUUUAGAACUGCUUUAUGAAUUUAGUACGUUUUCCUUGGUGCCCCUGGCUUUGGAGUUUUUCAGAUUGGUAGCUUUUAUCUGUUCCUUACAUUAAGUUUGCAGAAUUUAGGCCUGGCUUUAUGGUUUUAAUUUGAAGAUUGUAUUUUUGGUUGUUGUAUUGUUUGGACAAGGUUAAUGCUUGGGAAAAAUUCAAGUAGGUGAAAGAAAAUUCUUUUGUUAUG